GCUGUGGUGACACCUUGUUAUAUACACUCGAUGGGUGACACACACACACACACACUUUCCUCCUCUGCCUCCGGAUCCUCACCUCUUCUGAUCACCCGACAGGUAAUGAUGUCGAACAACAGCUCCACCAGCUACCACAACAGUACAGGACACACCAACAUCUUCUUUGUGUGCAUGUACUCCUUCAUCUCCGUGGUGGGUUUCAUUUUUAAUCUCCUAGCACUGGUCUUUUUCUUCCACCUCACCAAAUCCAGAUCACAAACCAUUGUCUACAUGACUAACCUGGCCAUAGCAGAUGUACUGCUCAUCCUCACGUUGCCCAUGAGGAUCUACUACCAUCUGGGAUUUGACGACCUUCCUCAGUGGCUGUGUGAAGUCCUUGGGUUGGUCCUGAAGGCCAACAUGUAUGGGAGCAUCUUUCUCCUCACUUCCAUUUGCUUCGACCGCUGCAUGGCCGUCACCUUCCCGAUGUCGACCCGUGUCCAGGGAGGGAGGAAGAAAGCGCCGCUGGUUUGCCUCGGAAUAUGGAUGCUCACCUUUGGUGCCAGCGUGCCAAUCUACCUUUCCAAGCACCCACAAGUCGUCCACAAGGAUUGUUUCGAUGGCCUGCCGGUCUAUGCCACAAAGCCUGCGGUGGUUUUAACCACUCUGUUUGUGGGGUUUGGAAUCCCGCUCGUAAUCAUGCUGAUCUGCUCCUGGGGUCUGGCCCGAGCUGUCCGGCGAAGCUCCGUGGCCCAGACCAACCUGGUGGACGGCAGAAAGAUCCAGAGGAUGAUCACCACCAGCCUCCUCAUUUUCGUACUCAGCUUCCUCCCUUACCACGCCAUCCUGGUUCACCUCUCUCUGUAUAGAGAAGAUAUACCAUACCCGAUGCAGGCUGCAUACCGCUACAGUCUGGUGGUGGCAUGUUUCAACACAGUACUAGAUCCCGUUGCCUACUAUUUCACCACCGACACCUUCAGGAGGAGCAUCGACAUGGAUGCCGUACGGAGGAUGUUUCUUCUGAAUAGCCAAAGUUUGGAGACAAACAGGAGCAGAAUGCUCAACAUGUCGACUGCUGAAGAACCACUCAACAGACACUGCCGUCCAAAAGUUUCAAAGCUGCUUCGCUAGUCCAACCCAGUCAUUUUAAAUCUGCAGUAAACCUUUGAGUGGUAUGAGGAAGCCAUAAUUUCCGUAUUGUUCCAAUAAUUGUCGCCUAUUCAUAUAAUAAGUGAAAUAUUAACCACUUUUGCAUCUGGCAUUAAAAUGUCUCUCGUUCCCUGACUGUGUCUAGAAUAACCCUGAUAACAUUGACACCUUGUAUUCAUUUGUGUCUCCAGUGUCCACGUUGGGAUCCGAUGGAGAACCGGUCACUCUGUCGAGCUCAAACAACGUCACGUCAUCCUCUCGUUUUGCUUGUAUACUUCCGUCGUACCAAAUUUGACCCCUGAUCUCGUCUCGACUAUCCACGAGUGUCUUGAAUAUCCAUUUUGAAAAGCUUUCUUGAGGUUUUCUUGCUACUAGCUUAGCUCGCUAACUGGCCAAUUGUUGCUUCCAUGCUGGGUUGGAACAGUCGCGCAUGCUAACGUAUUUUUACCUCACGUAGUUUUUGUAUGUCGACCGAAAAUGCAAUUGCAUUGACACUUGUUGAUCAGCGUGCUCACAAUGCGUCCCUGACCACCUCCGGAUUAUUUUGCAAUGUGCAUGCAUUUAGCAAAUGUUGCUCUGAUAUGUAGCAGUGAGUUUUCUAAAUGAACUAAAUAAAUCACAGGAACAAUUAUAACAAUCA